GUGCACAAAGGCAGGCUUAUCGCGAUAAGAAAGCAUCUGGAAAUUUGACUCCAGUGAGGGACCGAUAUCGUCAGCGAGCACCUCAGUAUCGUGCUGACGGAAUCCACAGCCGGCUUCGACAGUGUCCUUCUUGCCAGUUUCAAGUUGUUGAGACUGCUUGGUUUCUUGUCCAACUGAAAAGCCCACUGGAGGCAGCGUCAAGGCCAAUGCGCUCAUAGUGCUUCUGAAUAUAUACCACCACAAAGCUUCCACACAUGGCAGAACCAACACCACCAGCGCAGCCGUCGGCGGCUGAGGUGGCCGAGAAAGCUGCCAAAGCUCCCGAAAGAAACCGGGCCCUCCGCAUGCUGGGCCUCCCCGCCCUCCCAAAGAAGCUCCCUUCCCGAAACUGGAUGAUCUUCUGGACCCUUUCCACCGCCAUAACUGCCGGCAUCAUCUACGACAAACGCGAGAAGAAACGGGCCAUCGCGAAAUGGAGACACGCCGUCGAGCACCUCGCCAAGGAGCCCCUGCCUAGCCACAAUGCCCUCUCCGAGCUCCGCAAGAUCACCAUCUAUCUCUCCGCUCCCCCCGGCGACGGCCUCCGCACCGCCCAAGACCACUACACUGAGUACGUCAAGCCCAUCCUCGCCGCCUCCGGCCUCGACUGGGAGUUUGUCCAAGGUCGACGAGACGGCGACGUCCGCGCCUACACUGCCGAGAAGAUCCGCCGCCACCGCAGGCAAGUCGACUCCGGCGAGGUUGAGCCCGAGCUCCCUGACGAGCCCACAAAGGAGGAAAUCAUCGCUGCUCACCGCAAGAUCCGCGGGAUUAAAGACUACGACGGUAUCAAGGGCGACAUCGUCAUUGGCAGGCACACAUGGAAGGAAUACCUCAGAGGAUUACACGAAGGCUGGCUCGGUCCCUUAACCGCCCCUCCACUCCCCAUCCCAGAGCCACUCCCCACAGCCGAAUCCGACAGCGAGAAGUCAGAAGAGGACAAGAAGAAGGAAGAGGAGGAAAAGAAGAAAGAGGAGGAAUCCAAACCCAAGCGACCGCCUCAACCCCGUCCCUACAACACACCAGCCGAUUACCCCUCCUCCCCCCUCCCAUCUUCCAUCCCCAAUGAAUUCUCCCCCGUCGCUCCGGUGAGGGAACCUCACCUGUUAGGCUUCCUCUCCACGCCAACCCGUCUGUACCGUUUCUUCAACCGCCGGCACCUCGCCGAUGAAAUCGGCCGUGAUGUCGCCGCAGUCUGCCUGGCUCACUACCGCCAUUUCUCUGAACAAUCGGGAGAGGAUCAGAAAUACGAGCAAGAAGAGGUGUUGGCCUUUGAGGAGAAGGACUGGAUCAAAUCUCUCUGGAAAGAGGCUGGGGAUGAACCUGAGCAUGUCAAGGAGCGGGAAAAGGCUGGUAUCACAGAGGUUGUCAGGGCCAGGCCGCUUGUUCUGGACCCUAGAAUCGCCGAGCGGAUGAGGAGGUUCGAGUUGUCAAAGGAGGAUGUGGAGAGGGUGGCCAAGAUUGUGGUACCUGAGGAGGAGAUUGAGGGUUGGACAAAGGGGAAGUUUAGGCAGUUGUAUCGAUGGGGAAAGGGGAAGGUUAUGGGAGAGGAAAAGAGGAGUAAUGUUGAGGAUGUGGACUAAUGUUUGAUGACCAGACUCAAUGCUGGAGGGAGGACGUAUUGUACCUAGCGUGUAACAUUAGCUUUUGUGGGGAGUUGUGUAUACUAUGGUGCUGUGGCGAUACAUACCUGAUGGGGAAAACGGCUAUAGAUUUGAGGAGGAUGUUAUUUGGAAGGCAAGACAGGACAGACAGCAUUUGGGCGGCGGUUGGGGGGGCCUUUGGGUUGUUUGGCUUUGGUUGGUGUUGGUGUUAUUGCGAUGUUAAACCCCCUUCAAUGCUACAAGAUACGUAC